CGCAGUAAUUUUAGAGAGCGAUUAGUUAACGAAAAAACUAAGCAAAAUGAGGGCUACUCUGGCAUUGACUCUGCUGCUCAGCUGCCUCACAGGAAUUCUGUCGCAAAAAAAUUUGGAUGCCGCGGUGUCCAAGGCAAUGGUGGAAGGUUGCAUGAAGGAAAACGGCGUAACUCACCAGGACAUAGAGGACUUGCAAUCGGGCAAGGUGAAACCAGAGGAUGCCAAGGACAACGUGAAGUGUUCCACCCAGUGCAUUCUGGUCAAGAGUGGCUUCAUGGACUCCACGGGAAAACUGCUGACCGACAAGGUUAAGGCUCACUAUGCCAACACGAAAUUUAGUGACGCCAUCGAAAAGGAUUUGGAAAAGUGCAGCCAGGUCAAGGGGGAAAAUGCCUGCGACACGGCAUUCAAGAUUUUAGGCUGCUUCCAGGGCGUCGAAUAGAAGUCCAGCAUAACAUUUCAAGAGCAAACAUGGCAAGCAGUAUACACAUAUAUAGCAAAUCCUUCAAUUCAAAAUGUACCAAACAGCAUUUUAAGUUUAAUAUAAAAGUUGCAAGAA